AUGACUCUGAGCGGGGAACGAGCGCAGAGCUCUACCUCGAGCCGAAUCAUCCGCGUUUCAAGUUCUCUUAAUCCGAUUGAUUUUGCGCCUUUUGGGGAGGUGGUUGAGAAUCCGGAGACGCAUGGAGGGAGAGGGAAGGUGCAGAAGGUCGAGGCUAAUCAGGGUUCGGCGACGAAGUGGCUUGAUGUCAGCCAUUUGGAGAACUGGUACACUCUGGCGCCUUCGAGGAAGGCGGCGAAGUCGGUUAUGAAUAUGUUUGUGUGCAAGCCGAGGAAGCUGGAGGUGAAAGAUGGGAGAGAGGUGUUUCCUGUCAAGAUCCUCGAGAGACACCCGUUCACGCCACAGACGUUCAUUCCAAUGGGAGUGAGUCCUGAAGACAAAGACGUGAGAUACCUGGUCAUCGUUGCACCGACGCUGAAGACAACGAAGAGAGAUAGCGAAGAUCUCAAAAAGCCAUACCCAGCCGAGAAGCCAAAACCGAACCGAAAGUCGCUCAAGGAAAGACUACUUGGAGCGAGGCCAAACCCCUUUACGAACGACUUCGAGGCGACCACCACUCCUUCCAUGUUGAGCCUAGGCCCAGGUAGACGACCAAGAGGACCAGGUGGACCGGACCUGGACAACAUCCAGGCCUUCAUUGCGAGAGGAGAUCAAGCUGUGACUUAUGGACCUGGAACAUGGCACGCUCCGAUGGUUGUGCUGGGCGAUAAAGCGAUUGCCUUUGUCGUUGUCCAGUACGCGAAUGGUGUAGGGGUUGAGGACUGCCAGGAAGUGGACAUCAGAGGAGACUUGAGCGUCGACAUUGAUGAGAGCGGGAUCAAAGCCAGCGCACCUGGGAUCAUGCGAGCCAAACUUUAG